CCAAGCCAUGGCGGACGUGGAUGCCGAUGUUGCUGCACCUGGUGUACCAAAGAAGAGAACGUUCAAGAAGUUCAGUUUCAGAGGUGUUGAUCUCGAUGCUCUCUUGGAUAUGUCCACAGAUGAGCUUGUCAAGCUCUUUCCUGCUCGUGCUCGCCGAAGAUUUCAGAGAGGUUUGACGAGGAAGCCAAUGGCUCUGAUCAAGAAAUUACGCAAGGCUAAACGGGAGGCUCCACCUGGUGAGAAACCUGAGCCAGUUAGGACACAUCUCCGAAAUAUGAUUAUAGUUCCUGAAAUGAUUGGUAGUAUCAUCGGUGUAUACAAUGGAAAGACCUUCAAUCAAGUGGAAAUCAAGCCAGAAAUGAUUAGCCACUAUUUGGCUGAAUUCUCAAUCUCAUACAAGCCUGUAAAGCACGGAAGGCCUGGUAUUGGUGCCACCCAUUCCUCCAGGUUUAUUCCACUCAAGUGAAGGUUUCUGCAUGUGUUUUCUUUCUCGGUCCUGCUGGAAUGUUAUUUUGUUAUUGAAUUUUGAUCAGUGUGUUUAGUGUAGCUGUUCUCUUCGUACUCAAUUUAGAAAAAGAUUUCGUUA